AUGAAUAGUGCAACCCGAGUUAACUCACCAAUCGCUUCCGUAUGCAAUGGUAAGGAGGGCCAUGAUGUCGAGAAAAGAGAAGACAACCUUGACGGUAUCGAUAUAUACGAUCCAGACCGUCCAAAGUUGAAGCUUUCCCGGAGGAUAACUCACUUCACUUGGGCUUGGUUUACUUUAUCCAUGAGCACUGGGGGCCUAGCCCUUUUGAUUUAUGCCCAGCCUCACCAAUUUCCUGGACUUCGACAGAUUGGGUUCGUCGUAUACGUCGCAAACAUCGUUAUCUUUGUCGGCAUAGUCGCCACAAUGACUAUGAGAUUCGUGGUGCAUAAAGGCACUUUCAAGACGUCCAUCACUCAUUCUCGAGAGGCCUUUUUUGUGCCAACAAUUUUUCUCGCUAUAGCGACUAUCAUUACGGGUACCCAACGUUACGCUAUUCCUCAAGAAACUCCGUCCGCCGUAUGGUUUAUAUCGGCUCUAUUUUGGGGUUAUGUGGCAGGCUCGUUGUUCGUUGCCAUCGCUCAGUACAGUUAUGUAUUCAGAACGCAUAGCCUUGGUCUCCACACUAUGAUGCCAACGUGGAUCUUACCAAUAUUUCCCAUUAUGCUCUCAGGGACAAUCGCAUCCGUUAUUGCGGAAAAUCAGCCUCAGAUGAACGCCAUUCCGAUCAUCGUGGUGGGAUUAACAUGCCAGGGGCUGGGCCUCUCUGUGGCGUUUAUGAUGUACGCUCAUAUGGUAGGGCGUUUAAUGUCACGAGGUAUGCCAAACCGCGAACAUCGAACAGGCUUGUUCAUGAACGUUGGCCCACCAGCAUUUACAGCUCUAGCAAUUAUCGGUAUGGCAAAUGGUCUACCUGAUAAUUUGGAUAUCAAUGCGGGUAUGGUGCUUGAUAUGACUAUAAUCAAACCUAUCGCAGUUGUAUGCGCGAUAUUCCUAUGGGCGCUCUCGCUGUGGUGGUUUGGUAUUGCGGUAGUGUCUGUCAUCAUGUCACCACCGGAAUAUUUCCACCUCAAUUGGUGGGCGAUGGCAUUCCCAAACACAGGUUUCAUAUUAGCUACAAUUUCCAUUGGAAAUGAGCUCCAGCAUGAAGGCAUUCGCUGGUUUGCGACAGGGAUGUCUAUUUGCUUACUCCUUACGUAUUGCUUCGUCUUUUACAAUCUGGUCCGAGCUGUUAUCGUUCAAGAUAUCAUGUAUCCAGGCCGCGAUGAAGAUGUACUGGACAACACAGAUAAUUAA